AUGGCUGAUGACCUGGUUGGCACAACACUCGAUCGGGUCUCCGAACUCGAGAAGAAAAAUGUGGAUCUCGUGGCCGAACUUAAGGCGCUCUCCGAACAGGUUGCCGAAUUGCUGAGGGUAAAGAUGAACGCGGACGCCGCGGCUGUAGCGGCUGAUGCUGAAACGGCUAAGAGGGUCCAGGAUGCGCUAGAUGCCGAAGCAAGUAAGGAGAAGGAGGCACCGCGUUCAUCUCAACUUACCGAAGAGGAAGAGGAAGCCGCGCGGAUUAAAAGGGGAGAGGCCUUGUUCCCAGGACUUGCUAAGAAAGCAUCCGCUCAAGCUGUGGAGGAUGCUGAGCGGUUGGAAAGGGAAAAACGGAGGCUGGAAGGCUACGAAGUCGAAAACAAGAAGAAAAAGGCGGCCACCUCCACUUCGGCGCCGAAAAAGCGAAAGAGGGAAGCCCCAAAGAAAGUUCAAAUAGCCGACCUGCUCGAUGAGGUCACUGAAACGGUCAUCACGAGUACAUCGCAGCAGGCUGAUCAAGUCGAAGAGGAAGUUGAAGAACAACUGCAGUCCCGCUUCCAGCGUGAUCUAGGUUCUAUUCUUCUACCUUCUUAUGAUAAAUUGGGAACGAAUUUCUAA